AUGGGGGUACAACCGGGGGCAGAGGAAUUGGCGGCGGAGUCGUGUUUUGAGUCGUCUCAAAACACGACUGAAAACUUUGAGGUACAAGCGGGCGGCAGAGGAAUUGGCGCCAGAGGAAUGGGCGGGCAGAGGAACGGGCGGGCAGGGGAACGGGCAGGCAGAGGAACAGGCGGGCAGAGGAAUGUGCGUGCAGAGGAACGGGCGGUGGCAAAGUGGAUGGCAGAGGAACAGGAGGCGAAGGAUUGGGCGGCACAGGAAUGGGCGGCAGUGGGUCCGAUGGUUUUAGAAUGGGCAGCAGAGGAAAGGGCGAAGGCGGAACGGGCGGCAGUGGGUCCGAUGGUUUUAGAAUGGGCAGCAGAGGAAAGGGCAAAGGCGGAACGGGCGGCAGAGGAAGAGGAACGGGUGGCGGUGAAACGGGAGGUAGAGGAAUGGGAGGCGCAUGAAUGGGCGGCGGGGGGUUUGAUGGUUUUAGAAUGGGCAGCAGAGGAAAGGGCGAAGGCGGAACGGGCGGCAGAGGAAGAGGAACGGACGGUGGCGAAACGGGAGGCAGAGGCAUGGGAGGCGAAUGAAUGGGCGGCGGUGGGUCCGAUUCUUGCAGAAUGGGCAGCAGAGGACCAGGCAGAGGCAGAACGGGCGGCAGAGGAAGAGGAACGGGCGGCGGCAGAAUGGAUGGCAGCAGAACGGGAGGCAGAGGAACAGGAAGCAGAUGGACGGGGGUUUGGGGCAUGGGAAGCAGAGGAAUAA